AUGGUGUUCAGAGUGUUUUGGAACAUCCGGGGUAGAAGAGCUGCAAUACCUACCAUGUCACGCGCAAGACAGCUACAAUAUCAGGUAAGAAUAACAGCUAUACUUUCCUGUAGUCGUGCUUCACGUUUUCCUUAGGAAAGUUGAGCAGUCCAGGUAUACUCGGCAGCUUUUCACAGUUACAAUAUUCUUUUGUUGUUGUGGGACAACUUGCACGAGACGUUGGCAUCGUUCAAAGUAUAACGCCCUGAAAUGAUUAUUCCUGCCAACGUAGAUCCUCAGUGGAGUAAUCGACGAGAGAAGUAGACCUUGAUUUUACUUCGUGCAACACUUCCUUGGCGACGAAAGUGUUAUCAGAAGUGUUUUCAAGAAGGGGGAGGGCUGGGGUUCCACACGUGGCCACUUUUUCCCGCAAUCCAAAACAGAAUGCAAGAUAAGGUGCGAGAUAUUCGAGUGCCUGAAUAGAUGAAAUGAAUAUUCCAGAGCUCUUCUCACGUAGCAGAGUCUUAAAAUCCUUGUUCAUCAUCCAUCCUAUUGUUUAUUUUUUCCAGGGUUUGAUCUACCGGUUUGAAUUUCUGAUGGUAGUGACAGUGUUGUGUGCUGGUCUGACAGUCGUGUUCUUUAUCAUCACAAAUGUUAACGAAGCUCAGUGGAAAUUUGGAGAGGAGGAAUCUACAGUAGAGAUAUCAAGUGAGAAACACGUGUUCAUAACCCGGGCACCCCGGGGUUUAUGAACCCUUUCUUUCUAGACAUAAGAUGUGGCUUUAACUUUUGCGCUUGUGUGGACGAAAUUCUAAAAUGUGACCAUUAAAAUGAAAUUGCUUAGGCAGUGUCUUCACACUGGGUGUUAUUUCUUUUCAAUAUUUUUCCAGAAAAAAAAUUGUAUUUUUCCCCUCAACUUUGAGGCAAUCUAUAAAGGAAUGAUAAAUAAACGUAUGCAUUAAUAUAUUGUUAAGUAAAUAAUUGAAUAUAUCAAUGGAUAAAAGAAAAGAGGAGUGAAAUUCCUCAAAGUGGACACCUGUUUAAGGCAGACCGGCAAGGCUCAAAGGUUGCCGUUUUUCCGAUGGAGCGCAGUUUGGAAGGGUUAGAGUCUAAUCUUUAGCAUGAUUAGCGUUAUUAGUCAAAACUUAACAACAUCUGUAAACUACUCCGUCAUUUUUCAUCUCCACUUAGAAUUUUUGUUCGUGUUUUCUCCGAUUAAUGGCCUUUUUUCAGAUCAUGUUUUAAAUAUGAGUUUGGUAGCUGAUAGCCUGCGAACAGCAGACGCAUUUCUGGUUCGGAGGGAGAGAAGCGACGACCGGAAAUGUGUUUGCUGUUCGCAGGCUAGGUGGCUGAAUUCAGCACCUCGAUUAUCAUCACUCCUGUUGAGUCCUAACAUAGAGUAUCAUUUUCCAUGGUUUCUUAAGGUGCACUAUUCACCGGGAUCUAUGGCUUGUGGAAUGUGUAUGUUUUCGCAGUUGUUAUCCUGUAUGCGCCUUCCUCUGCUCCCCCAGCCUCAGGUAACUCAUUUCUAAACAUUACUUUACUGUUACAGACCGCAGCCAAAAUGCUUCUUCCUCUAAGGGUGAAUUUCCACUGUGGUGUAAUUGUCACGUGCGAACAUGAAAUAGAGGCAACGUACGAAAAGCCGCUUGUAAACGUAAAAAUUAAGAGAGGUUCAACUUUUAUGUUUACGUUUACACUUUAUAAAUUGCCUAUAUUUUAUUAUUGCGCGUAAGCACGUGAUUUUCACCUGCGCAGGCACGUAAAUUGUACGUAAUAACAUAGAGGCAAUGCAUGUCUAUUUUACUGUUUUACGCACGUACAAUUUUCUUGCUUUACGCGACUUUGGAAUUCCACCUCAAAGACAAGAUCAAGCCUGAAUUUUUUCACGCUUUUUUUUUUUUCGCAACUGCAAAAGUUGCGUCUAUAACUGCGAUGAUCUUCUUUCAUGUAAUUGGUUUAUGUUUGUUAAAGUCUGGAGGGUGUUUAUACAGCAGACACAUUUCCUUGGCUGGCCAGACAUACGCAUGUUUCGUAUUCAGAGACGUUUUGUAUGGCUACCCAUCGACGAAACCUACGGAUGGGUGCACCGGGGUGAAGAGAAAAAAUGUGGAGUAAAGGAUCCUUGUAUAAAGAAACAACGCGACGGGCGAGGCUUAAACCCCGGACCUCCAGAUCCGGAAUUCGAAGUGUCAUCUGCUUGGCCACACAUGCCUCCAAGGCUAGCCACGAGGAUAUUCAUUGUUCUAUCGUAAAAAGCUUUCUUACAAAAACCCUUUUGGAUGGAUCGCGCUCAAAAUUUUCAAAGACGCUGGGAAUGACGCAAUCUUGCCGUGGUUAUUUUUAUAUUUAUUUUUUUUACAGUGGUGACGUUUAAUAAUUUUGAGUUUUAAUAUUUUUUUUGCAGAUGUGGCAGAGGAACACGAAAGAUUAGAGUUGCGCAGCCGCACUGAGGUUCGCAUGACAGAAGGAGACACAGAGGAGUCCGUUAUUUACAAGUUCACCGGGAAAGCCGCGCAGAACUAA